AUGGUGACGAACACGCUCGUGGUGACCGACCAGUACCUGCUGGACGAGGCGAAUGGCGAUGUUCUAGAUGAGUUUCUGGCGAGUUUGCAGAAAUGGGGCGUCGGAGACAGUUCUGUCUCGGUUUCUGUGCUGCGUUCGCUGCGUCGGAUAGUCAUCGUCUUUGACGCGCCCGAGACGGCUCAGAAGGUGUAUGAGCUGCUGCAGAACCAGGGGAUUCGGGCCUCCUACUCGCGUAGGAACUCUGCGCGCUCCGAGUCGCUGCUGGAAGCGCCUGCCCGGCUUGAACCCCCGGAACGCCGCGUGGAGCUGCAGUCUCCGCCGCCGUCGCCGUAUCUGGGGUAUGUGCAGGAGCCCGAGGAACCGCCGGAGCCAAUCACGAUGACGGAGCCGGAGUCGUUUUCGCAUCUGUUGUACCAGCCGACGCGCGACGAGGCGGCGCGAGAACGUGUGUUUGAGGGCCGCGCAGAGCAGCCGCGUGUGCCGUUGCUGAUAGUGGACCGCGAGGAAGGCGAGGCUGUACACCGUGAGGAAGAAGGUCGGGGCGGCGACGCUGAGCGUACUGCGGAUGAGCGCGAGGCACCCGAACAGCUCGCCGUUGCGGUCGGGCGCCUGGUUGUACUUGAGCACGGUCGAGUGCAGCACAGGGUCGAGAAUGGACCCGAAUCCCUCGAACAGGAAGCUGGCGAGAAACAGCGACGGCGACCCGGCGCAGAUCAUCAGCAGUCGUCCCACAAUGUCCAUGAAGACGGCGAGCAGCAGAGCAAACCUGUCUGUUGCGUCGAUCACGGUGGUCUCCUUGCGGAAGUGAUGGGCGAGUUUCUUGGAGAACCACGGGUUGAACACGAGCAGGACGCUUGCGCGGCACAGCAUCGCGAGCCCGAGACAGAAACUGAGGUCUCUGGACGACCACUGGAAUUUGAACUUGCCGUAGAUCGCCCAGACGACGCCUGCCCCCAUGGUAGCAGAAAACAUGAGCACUUCGACGACGAGCAGUUUCACGACUGUCCAGCGCGCGGCGCGGUCGACGUUGCCGUUGGCGUCGCGUCUGGUGAUCCACAGCAGCCGCAGCGACGAGCCAAACCCAGCAGCCGGCUUGGAAGCACUGAUGGACGACAUUCUUCUGCUCGACCGCCGCCGCAGCUUGCGCGAGCGCGAUUCGGGCAGAAACAGAACCACGAGCACGAGAGCGAGCGCCUGCACCAGCACCGACAGCACGUAGGUCUGGAUCAUCGGCAGCGGCACAAACGCGCCGGUCAUCGGGCCCAGCGUGAGCCCGAUGUAGAAGAACGCCACGAGAAUAGCCAUGUACGUUGCGCGCUGCGUUUCCUCGACAACGUCGAUCAGAUAGCUGUUGGCCAGCCCCAUGGUGACGGGCAUCGAGCCGGCGAGCGUGCUGAGGAAAUGCACCGCCAGGUACCGCCCCGGCGUGAACCUUGCCUCGUUUGCUGCGAAAAUCAGUGCUUUGAGACACCCGGACACCACGAAGAUAAGGAUGUUGUACGCGAGCAGCGGCUUGCGUCCGUACACGUCGCUCAGGUGGCCCAUCUUGACGCUCACGAGCACCGUGCUCACGCCGCCAAUCAGGUUCUGCCACCACUGGAUCCGCGUGCCGAGCUGCUGGCUUGCUGCCGAGCCGCAGCCGAUCUUGUCGUCCGGGUGCUUGCUGUUGUAGUAGCGGCACGCGCCGUCGAACGUGAGCGUGAGCUCCUGGCCCUGCUGGAUGCCCAGCACGAACGCCGUGAUGAACACCACCACGCAGAUCAUGAACACCGACGGUCUCUUGUGCCACGCCAGCCGGCGGUGGUCGCGCAGGUUUUCCAGCACGAGGUCCAUGUCGGACUGUUCGAGGUCGUCGUCGCUGUCGCUGGCCGUGCACGUGUGCUCGGCCUGGCGAACGCCAAUCGCGUCCUCCAGCACGUCGUCCUUGAGGUACACAUCGACCAUCGGGUCGUCGAGCGGCAUUCGGGGGCUGAGGGGGCUGUGGCGGCCGUUUCCGGCCAUGUACUGCUGUUUUGGCGAGCUGAGCAAUCGGUCUGUCUCCUGGUCCAUAGCAAUUCAAGACAAGAAAUGCGAGUAAAUAGCACGGCCGAAUUUCUAUUGACAGUAUUUUUUUUUUUUAUCGUACCUCCUCCCUAA